CACCGCUUCGUGUGAGAAGUUUCAUACCUGCGUACGAUUGGAUGACGGUGCACACGCCUGUUUCUGUGACGCCGAUAUGUACUCAUUUUUGUGUGGAGAUAACGUGAGGUUGUGUGAUGCGACUGAAUGUAACAAUGCGGCCCAGUGUGUUGACGCCCCUGACGGAUCAACUUUCUGUGCCUGUAUCCCUGGAACCGAGGGAGAACAGUGUCAGUACUUCACAAGGAAGUUAGGUGGCGAUAUCUCUGGAAUCCAAACUCGUGUAACUGACGGCCCAUCACACCCCACUGUACCUUGGAGCCAGGAUGUGUGCUGGAGGGUACACCAUGGCCGGUCCAUAGAGAUCGACCUUGGACAUAGCUAUGCAGUCAACGUCGUCAAAGUCAUUGUCUUCAGUGAUAUAGCAAAACUUACUCUGCUGGCUACACUGGGCCCCGGGGACACUGGUGGUCACCUGUGUUACUCUGUCGGCGUUAUUCUGUAUGCGGACACUCACGCGUUCUCAUGCGAUGGGGUGGCCACGCGCUUCCUCCGCCUCGACGUCCAGAACAUCAUCUACAGCUCUUCAUUGUUGAUCUGUAUCGGGGGUGUUGUGCGACAGGGGGCUAGAACAGGUACAUGGAUACAAAAGAAACUAUGA